ACUCUGCGUGUUUCCCUCUACCGGGGGCGUAGGUUGGACCGGCUCUUUCAGACACAAUGAACCAGGAGAUCUACGUAAAGCACGCUAUCUGCGGCCGGGAGUGUGCUUGUGCUGAGGGGGCGUAGAAUUCGGUUUAUUUUUUUGUUUCGCUUCUUCUUUGUGAACCGAAAUAUACAUUGUUAGCGCUUUUUAAUAUAGUUGUGCCAUCAGACUGAUCUCGAAAUUCGUGGAUUCGACCAGAAGCACACUGGAGGAUCCAGUACACUACACUGAAUUGCUAUAUUAGAAGGAAUACCAUGUCGUUUGCCUGUGCUGACUAUUUCGCCGCUGAGUGCCUGGUGUCUAUAUCUAGCAGACCUGUACUGCACCGACCUAUGCCGGUAGCCCCGACCGCUCUAGAUCCUCCUCGAGGCCUUCCUAUUGUGGAGCCAGAGGGGUCGAACGAGGACAGGGAAGUGCGCGACACGCUGAAUCUAGAAGGGGCGAACAUGAUGACUGUCGCUGGGAUUCUCACUAAUCUUAACGGCAAGUUCCGCCCCAUGUCGGCCUACUCCGAGAGCAGCAAUUCCUCUUGUGGAGAAAGCGGUUACACCACGUUGUCCGAUUCUACCACUCCGACACCCACCAUGACUCCCUCGGCUACCCCAACUCCGGGACAGCACAAUCCAUCCCAGCAGCUCUGGAUAGGAGGAGGUCCGCCUCGCUCUCCCGUGAAGCGACACCCGUGUACCUUCGAUGGCUGUGACAGGGUUUAUGGAAAAUCUUCCCAUCUGAAGGCGCAUAUCAGGACCCACACAGGUGAAAGACCCUUCCCCUGCACCUGGCCGGGCUGUGAGAAGAAGUUUGCGCGCUCCGACGAGCUGGCGCGCCACACCCGGACCCACACGGGCGAGAAGCGCUUCCUGUGCCCGCUGUGCGACAAGCGCUUCAUGCGCAGCGACCAUCUCAUCAAGCACGCCCGCCGCCACCCCGACUACCGCCCCUCCAUGCUCGGCCGCUGAGCAGCACGAGAACCUCCCAGGGGCUGCGACCUCACCCCCCCGCCCCUCACCAACCGCACACACCCACAGGACUAUAUCUGGAUCACACACACUCUCUCGGUCUCCUUCUGUCUCUCUCGGUUUCUCUCUCUCUCUUUAUUUUUCUCUCUCGUUCCCUCCCUCCCUCUCUCUGUCUCUCUCUCAUUUACAUUUUCUAAACAUUGCAGCUCUCACUAGCUCAUGGCAGCUGAACUCUUCCAAAUCUGCACAAAAUGACAGAAAAACGCCUUCUCAGAGUUUUAGAUGUCCGUCAUUCCACAAGUUUCCAGCGUUAGGCUGGAUGCACCACCAGCUGCAUGUGAUGCAGUUUCCUUUUUUUAUGUUUUUGUUUGUAUUUUUUGCAUAGUUGUAUUAUUACAUUAGGCACAUUUUCGGCUUCUUUAUUGCUGUUGGGAUGAUGGUGAACUACCUUUCCAGAAACCCUGAGGUGGUUUGUGUGGUUUCGGGAAGGGAGUUCUCCCAUCACCCUUUAGUGCACAGCAGCUGGCAAGCAGCAUCCAUGGAAUUGUGACUCAUGGAAACGUGCAACAUUAUAUCCAUUUCUGAAGCAAAUUCUCAAUGCUUAAAGCUUCUGCAGUAGAAGCAGUGUAAUGAAUACUAUUAGAAGUAAUUCUUGUGAAUUAUAGUCCUUAUAUUAGGGGUGACCGUAUACACUUGGCUAGGCUAGAGCUGCUUUUGUGUGUGUGUGUGUGUGUGUGUAGGGGGGUUGGUUGGGAGUCGUGUGUGUGUGUGUGUGUGUGUGUUUGAGUGUGUGAGUGUGAAAGAUUUCGGUAAAGUGAUCACUAUCUCCAUUGUCUGUCCUUCUUCAGGGCAGAUGCCUUUCUCUCAGCGAACAUGUCAGGAACUUCAGAAAGCCUUAAGAUAUUUCAUACAUAUUUGCACAUAGUUUACAGUUGCAACAUUUUUUACAGGUAAAUGCAAUAAAGCACUUUUCUUCCAGGUUUUUUUAAUUCAGCACGGCUGCUAGUGGGAUAGCCUACACUGUUGAAACAUUGUUUGCAAAUGAACACUGUGGAAUUGAACCGGAUCUGUAAAAAAAAAAAAAAAAAAAACCUGCCCUGUAGUCUAGACUUGCCAUGUUUGUCGUAAAGGACAGAGCGGUGUGGAUUGACCGUUUCAUACAGGCUUCAGGUAAACAUUGCGGUUUAGAAUACGUCCGGUUUAUGCUGUAUACAUGGGCAUUCGUGUUUGUAAAAAGUGAACUCAUCCAAAGGAGCCACAGUCAGGAGACGCUUCAGGGUCUGAGGGCCUGCAGGUCUGCUCACCUUAAAUCAGCUAAUUUUCACCCAAUUAACCAGGUGUGCUAGUCUUUAAUCAAUUAAUGCUGCGUUAACGAGAAGCAGCAGACCCCGUGACUCUCCAUGACCAGGGUUAUGAGCCCUGGCUUAAGAGAGUACCUUCUGUUCUGUUAGACGGUGCGUCUCUUCUCACACUUCACAUAUCUUCAUUGUUUACUAUACCAGUUCAACAAUAGUUACUUUAUUACACAUUUAAUGUAACUUUACAUUGUAUUUGUACUCUGUUAGCCGUGUGCAUACAUUUGAGGAGAAGUAAAAACAAUUACAUUUCAAUAGCUGAAGAUUCACAAGGCAAUUGUGGUCUUGGACAAUACCGAAACAUCCUUUUAGGCGAUAGCUGCUGGCAGGUAUCUUGGAAAAUUUUGUUACUUCAAACCGAAACCAAAUAUUUGAGAAAGGAAUCGAUACAAUUAUAAAAUAAUAAAUGAUGACGACAUUCAGGUUUUUAAAAGAUCUCGUCAUCUUAAGUUUCCAUUUUGGUUUUUAAACUUCUGUUGGGUUGGAAAGGGUUUGCCCCUUUUUUGAGUUCACUUUGCACAUUGGCCAGUGCUGGACACUGCGGUAUCAGUCCCCAAAGUCGAGCUGAAAUUUGAUGUUCUCAGAACGAACGAGGGUAGUGUAAGCCAACAGAGUAUACCUGCAUAAUUGCAUUGAUUUCACAUUUUUUCCAUUCUACACUUUUGUCCCUAUGAACAUUUUCUCGUCCUCCUUAUUUUCCUUUCAGCAUAUGCAUUUGUGAAUAGUUAACCAUAAGUUGAACAUUAGUGUAGUUGGAUUUAAAGUGGCAAUGUAAUGAAAGUUCUGACCAAUAAAAGGUGAUUGAUUGCGUAAUGGAACGGUUGGUCGCACUGAUCAGUUUAAGAACCUGACCUGUGUUUAGAAUAUUUGCUAAGAUGUCUUAUUUUAGGCCCUAAGUUUAGACACUGUAUAUGUAUAUUGCUGUGUACACGUAUACAUUCACAGAAAUUAAGACAUCUUUAAGAUUGUGGCCUGUUUUCAAUAGUGUUUUUAACACUAAAAACGUGUGAUUUUUUUUUGCAGUCCUAUUUUUAAAGUAAAAUCCUGGUGGUUCUUUUAGACCCUAUAGCAGGAUGUUGAACUGUCUUAUUAUAAUUUAGUCUAUUCUUUGGGGAGGGGUUUAUGGCUUUAAUAUUGAGACAUGCUUCUGGAAACUUCCUCUCAGGUGUCUUAAUUUAUGAGCUAAAGCUUUUUGUGUACAACCUCUAUGUAAGCAUGUUUUGUUUUUUGUUUCUUUGUAUUCAGGUGAUUAAUUUAUUUCAUAUUUGUGUGGUUGAAAUUUUUAUAGCUUAUUUUGUGGUCUGAUAAAAAAACAACAAUAAUUGGUUUCAUUGUUUGCUAAGAAAACUGCCAUUGCUUUUUAAAUACAAAAUAAAACUGUUAAAACAAUUA